CUGGGAUAGCAUUCGAAGAAGGCGGAAGGCGUGCGUAUACGGCGGCGCUUCAUAUACGGUGGCGCUUAAUAUACGAUGUUUGAUGAAGACGAUGCCGAUGCCGGGAAGGAAACGGACGGAUCCAUGUCCAUGCCGUCCGAAUCGGUGCGAGAGUUGGCGGUAGAAUUAUAUAAAAUGGUCACGGAAUACUACGCCGAAGACAGGGACGUCAGCGCAGCCUUGCCAUGGAGUCAAGCCGCGUUCACUCUCCUGACCAUCGUGUUUGCAGCGGUUUUCGUCCCCCUUUUUAAAAUCACCGCUUCUGUCGUUCUGGCCGCUGCUUUCCGGGCUACUUCGUUUCUGAUAUUUAGUCCGGCCACCAUGGCGAAGAUCGUGGGCAGCGAGGGAUACAUCUACUACGCGCAGAUCCUUGUGAAACACUACGUAGGCUUCGGUCCUCUCUUCACACUCUUCACGAAUCCCUUUGAAGCGGUUCCGAAGCUCCUGAAUCUCUGAUAAUAAGGAAGAAUUGAAGUGGAAGGGAGAGAGAGAGGGGAGGGGGAGAGGAAAGAAAAGGAAGAAAGGGGGGUAAGGAUAAAGAAGAGGAUGAAGUGUAUAGGAUGUGAAGGAUGAGGAGAAAUUGAUUUUUUUUCCUUUGUUAUUGUUUCAUCUUUAUCACCUGUUCACUUGAUUUUCUUGUUUUUUUCUAUUCUUCGUUUUCUUUCCUCAUAAAUCUAUUUCAUUUCGCUUUUUUACCUCUGUACUAUUUUCCUUUAUUACGUCGUUCCUCGCCCUUCUCAUCUUCUACUUCUUAUUCUCUUCACUUGGUUAUAUUUAUUAUCUUUUUCUUUUACAUCUUUCCUCUUUAGAAAUCACCUUUCUUUGCAAAUUAUUCCAUGUUUAUUUUAGUUUCAUUUUCUCUCCGCACCUCCAUUUUCUUUUUAAUUUUGUCUCUACAUUAUCCAAUCGUGCGUCAAUUUAUUUUUUUGUGUUCUUUUUUUUUUCAUGUUUGUAUAAUUUUUGUUUGCUCCUUCCUCCUCAUUUAUUUUAACCGCUUUGUCGUAUACACUUUCCGCUGCCUUGUGAUAAUUGUCUAAUCCGUUUUCAUUAUUUUUUUAUCAUCUCUCUUUCCAUGUGUUAUAGUGUAUGUACGAGGAAAAGUAUUUUUUUCAUAA